AUGCAGCCUUGGCCCACUAACCUCAAUGUUCGCCGCCGCGAUGUCAGUGUAACAGUUGAAGCAGAGACUGUUAAAAUGCUUAUUGUUGGGCUGACGGGUGGUAUCGCGACCGGCAAAUCAACUGUUUCAGCUAUAUUAAAGGAGAAGAAUGUCGCAGUUAUUGAUGCUGAUACAAUAUCAAGAAAUCUUGUUGACCACGAUAGACAAGUGCAGAGGGGUAUUCUCAAGGCAUUCGGACCUUCAGUUUUUAACGAUGAUGGAACCCAUGUGGAGAGGGAUAAACUAGGUGAAAUUGUUUUCGCUGAUCCCGAAAAGCGGAAGGUUCUCAAUAGGAUCGUCCAUCCCAUUGUGUUCAGACGCAUUGUUGUUCAGAUUUUGCGCAAUUUCCUUUCGGGACAGGCCAUUGUCAUUCUGGACAUACCAUUGCUUUUUGAAAGCCGCACCAUGCUGUGGUUCGUAUCGGAUGUAAUCGUCGUUUCUUGGUAUGUUCGACAUUACCUCAUUACAAAAUACUUUCCUGCUGAUUUCCUCCAUUUCAUUACCACUUAA